AUGGAGGGCCAGAACGAGAACGACGAGCUGUAUCCCAUCGCUGUGCUCAUUGACGAGCUGAAGCACGAUGAUGUCCUCCUCAGACUUAAUGCAAUUCACCGCCUAUCCACCAUCGCGCUCGCCUUAGGCCCCGACAGAACCCGCGAGGAGCUUAUCCCAUUCCUUGAUGAUUCCGUGGAGGACGAGGACGAAGUUUUGACCGCGCUGAGCGAAGAACUUGGCAAUUUCACAGAAUAUGUUGGUGGCCCGGAGCAUGGCCACGUGCUCCUCUCUCCGCUGGAGAAUUUGGCGGCCAUCGAGGAGCCUCUAGUCAGAGAAAAGGCUGUUGAAUCGCUUAACAAAGUAUGCGAGCAACUCUCAGAGAGUCAGGUUGAGGAACACUUUGUCCCUCUCGUCCUGCGCCUGUCAAAGGCAGACUGGUUCACCUCAAAGGUCUCCGCGACCGGCCUCUACUCCACACCAUACCGGAAAGCUACCCCCGCGCUGCAACAGAGCCUCCGACAGCACUUCGGAGCCUUGGUACACGAUGAAACCCCGAUGGUCCGGCGACAGGCGGCAAACAACUUGGCCAAGUUCGUGAAGGAGAUGCAGAGUCAGGUCAUUAUCGAUGAAAUAAUUCCUCUCUUCCAAUACUUGGCGGGUGACGAUCAGGAUAGCGUUCGUCUGCUCACCGUGGAUAUUCUUAUCGCAAUUGCAGAGGAGAUUCCAAAGGAGCAACAACCCAGCCACGGUGUCUUGCUCACAUCGCUGCGCAGUCUGUUUGAGGACAAAAGCUGGAGAGUUCGAUACAUGGUUGCCGAUCGCUAUGAGAAGAUUGCUAAAGCUGUCCAUGAAGAGGUUAUCACUCGUGACAUGGUUCCCGCCUUUGUCAAGCUUCUGAAGGACACGGAGGCCGAGGUUCGCACUGCGAUUGCUGGCCAAAUUCCUGGCUUCUGCCAUUUGAUCGAUCGCGACACUCUUCUUAAUGAGAUCAUGACUAGUGUAGAAGACCUGGUGUCUGACCCAUCUCAGCACGUCCGGGCUUCUCUGGGUACUCAGAUUAGCGGACUUGCACCCAUUCUGGGCAAGGACGAGACUAUUGCUCAUCUCCUUCCUAUGUUCCUUCAGAUGCUCAAGGAUGAGUUCCCUGAUGUCCGCCUGCACAUCAUCUCCAAGCUCGAACAAGUCAACAAAGUUAUUGGCAUCCAGCUUCUAUCCCAGUCCCUUCUCCCCGCCAUCGUUCAACUGGCCGAGGACAAGCAAUGGCGCGUGCGCCUUGCUAUCAUUGAAUAUAUCCCUCUUCUCGCCAGCCAAUUGGGAGUCGAGUUCUUCGAUGAGCAGUUGAGCGAUCUUUGCAUGGGAUGGCUCGGAGAUACUGUCUUCUCAAUCCGAGAGGCUGCUACUGAUAACUUGAAAAAACUGACCGAGGUGUUUGGUGUAGAGUGGUCGAAGGCUUCUAUUAUUCCCAAGGUGAUGGCCAUGGGACAACACCCCAACUAUCUUUACCGCAUGACAACAUGCUUCGCUGUUUCUACUCUUGCUCCUGUCGUCACAGUCGAUAUCAUCGAGAGCUCUCUCCUCCCUAUUCUGGAGCGUCUUGUGACGGACGAUAUCCCCAACAUCCGAUUCAAUGUCGCCAAAUCGUACGCUGUACUUAUCUCCACCUUGCGUCGUCUGCCGGCCGAUAAGACCUUGGUUGAGGUUGAGAAGUCAGAGGAAACCAUUGAGCCCUCACCUCAAAGCCAGGAGUUGAUUCAGAACAGAGUUGUGCCCAGUUUGGAGAAGCUACAGGACGAUGACGAUGUGGAUGUCCGAUACUUCGCUACAACUGCUGGUGGCAACCAGGAUGAGACCAUGCAAACCUCCCCUUGA